UAUAACAAAAGUCGUCGCAUAUCGGCCGUUGCCUUUCGUAAUUGAAAAAACAACUUUUGAUUCAGAAACUGUCUCUGUCUUGCUUGCUUGACCAUGUUAACGAUUGUUAACUGUGCAAGGUGCCAUGCACCAACACUGCAGCUUCGGACACAGGGUGCAAAAUCUAUCCGCUGCACCACCUGCAAGGCUGUCACCCUCGGAAAACAGCUCCUGUCUCCGUCGCCUUACAACCAUGCUCCGCCAGGACCUCUACCUCAGGUCCAUAGCAGCAAGCGAGCCGUGUUAUGUGGUGUGUCAUAUAAGAACUCCCGGUACGAGCUCGAUGGUUGCGUUCAUGAUGCCGAGUUAAUGAAGGCCUUGCUGAUUAGUCAGUUCAAGUUCCCCGAAUCUUCCAUUGUCCUUCUCACUGAAGAAGAAAGUGAUCCUAACAGGCGGCCGACCAAAUACAACAUGAGAAUGGCAUUGUAUUGGCUUGUGUUGGGUUGUCAAUCGGGGGAUUCUCUGGUGUUCUAUUACUCUGGCCAUGGGUCACAGCAGAAGAACUACGAUGGAGAUGAGAAGGAUGGUUAUGAUGAAACAAUUUGUCCCUCAGACUUUGAAACUGAAGGACCGAUUGUCGAUGACGAAAUCAACUGGACAAUUGUCAGGCCUCUUCCUCGUGGGGUUAAGCUUCAUGCAGUCAUAGAUGCUUGCCAUAGUGGCACUGCCUUGGAUUUACCUUUCCUCUGUAGAAUGGAUGACAGGCAAGGAGGAUACGUCUGGGAGGAUCAUCGCCCUCGAUCCGGUUUGUGGAAAGGAACAAGUGGUGGAGAGGUCAUUUCCUUUAGUAGCUGUGAUGAUGGUCAAAACUCUAUUCAAAUUUCGUCGAGCAAUAUUCCUUCAACCGGUGCAAUGACAUCUUGUUUCAUCCAAGCCAUUUUACAUGGACAUGGAACAACUUACUGGAACCUGAUAAAUGCAAUGCGGUCUAUGAUCUCUCGGAUGCUACUGCCACAAGAUGAAGAAGAAGAAGAAGGUUGUUGUGCAAUAUUAUGCUUUCUGGCAACGCUCUUAACAGGAAAGAGUCCGACCAGUGGAUCAAGACAGGAACCGCAGUUGACAGCCAGUGAACCAUUUGAUGUGGAAACAAGGCUUUUCUCUUUGUAACUUGUAAAAACUAAAGGCCCAAUAGUCCAGAGUCCACACCCUUGUUUGAUGUCUGUUGAUCAAUGAUUAAGGCUCUCGACGUGUAAUGAUUUUUUCCAUUAUUCAUUUUGUCAAAACCCUGCGAUCUUAAUGGUUUUGCUUACUUUCUUGCUAGUUGCUACAGUAAUUAUUGCAAG